AUGGAGAAAACACCGGAGGUUCCUUCGCAGGUGACUUCCGCUGAUCCCUCGGGACAGCCUGAGGAGGAUAUCAAAUAUUCAUCGGAGAAAAACAUUGUCCCCGAAUCCACCUCGCUCGACAGCAAUGGCCAUCGCAGAAGCGACAAUGAUCUCGAAGAGGCCGGCGAGACCGUCUCCCAGACUUCUCGCUACCGGCAGUACUACCGGGCGUAUCGUCCAUACUUCAAACAUGUUUUCUACGCCGUUGUCUGGCUCCUCUUCACCGGAUGGUGGAUUGCCGGCCUCAUCCUCCACCGACAUGAUCUCGGCUGGCUGAUUCCCUUCCUCCUCUACCUCGCCAUCACGCUGCGGCUUAUCUUCUUCUACGUGCCCGUCUCCAUCGUCACUCGCCCAGUCUACUGGCUCUGGAACCAGACAGCCGGGCGGUUUGUGGCCCUCAUCCCCGAGCGUCUUCGCAUUCCCGGCGCCGCCCUCCUUACCAUCGGUGUUAUCCUGGUCGGUUCGUUCGUCUCCGAUGAAUCGGCCGACAACACGCGCGCCAACCGGGCCGUCAGCCUCUUUGGGCUCGUCGUCUUCCUCUUCGCGCUCUGGUUGUCGUCGCGCAAUCACCGCCUCAUUGUCUGGCACACCGUCAUCGUCGGAAUGCUGGUGCAGUUCAUCGUCGCGCUCUUCGUGCUCCGCACCAAGGCCGGCUACGACAUCUUCAACUUCAUCUCCAUGCUCGCGCGCCGCCUCCUCGGCUUCGCCAUGGAGGGCGUCGACUUCCUCAUCGCCGACCACUCCUCCGACUACAGCUCCUGGUUCAUCGUCAGCGUGAUCCCUGCCAUCAUGUUCUUCGUGUCCAUCGUCCAGUUGCUCUACUACAUUGGCGUGCUCCAGUGGGCCAUCGGCAAGUUCGCCGUUUUCUUCUUCUGGAGCAUGCGCAUCUCCGGCGCCGAGGCCGUCGCCGCCGCCGCAUCCCCCUUCAUCGGCCAGGGCGAGUCCGCCAUGCUCAUCAAGCCCUUCGUCGCCCACCUCACCCGAGCCGAGAUCCACCAGGUCAUGUGUUCCGGCUACGCCACCAUCGCCGGCUCCGUCCUCGUCGCCUACAUCGGCAUGGGCGUCAACCCGCAGGCUCUCGUCUCCUCCUGCGUCAUGAGCAUCCCCGCCUCUCUCGCGGCUUCUAAGCUGCGCUGGCCCGAGGAGGAGGAAACUCUCACCUCCGGCCGCGUCGUCGUGCCCCAUGACGACGAGGAAACCAAGCCCGCGAACGCCCUGCACGCCUUCACCAACGGCGCCUGGACCGGCGUCAAGAUUGCCGGCAUGAUCGCCACCGUCCUCCUCUGUAUCAUCUCCCUCGUCGGCCUCAUCAACGGCCUCCUCACCUGGUGGGGCCGCUACCUCAACAUCAACGACCCCCCACUUACCAUUGAGCUCAUCGUGGGUUACAUCUGCUACCCCAUUGCCUUUUUGCUGGGCGUGAGCCGCGAGAACGACGACAUCCUCAAGGUCGGCGAGCUCAUCGGCACCAAACUCGUCAUGAACGAAUUCGUCGCGUACGACGCCCUCCAAAACAAAGACCGUUAUAAGGACCUCUCGAACCGCUCGCGCCUGAUUGCCACCUACGCCCUGUGCGGCUUCGCCAACAUCGGCUCGCUGGGCAACCAGAUCGGUGUGCUGGCGCAACUGGCGCCGAGCCGGGCCGGCGAUGUGUCCCGCGUGGCGGUCAGCGCGAUGCUGACGGGAGCGAUCAGCACGCUGAGCAGUGCAGCCAUUGCUGGAUUAUUGAUUAAGGACGAGGCGAGUUACCUUACGACGUCGUAA